ACACUCUACCCCUCUAUAUAACAAAAGACGAUUUAAACAAUUAUAUCUCGAAGCAGAAUGCCCUUCAGCACAACCACCUCCUCAACCUCCACCUUCUUCAGUAGUUCUUCCAGCUCCUUUUCCCGCGACGGCCAACAACCCGAAGAACACCAUUCUGCCCACCGUUACAGCACUCAAACUCAGACGUCUCCUGACGGCACAACGACCGUUCGUACGAUCAGGCAGGACUUGGGCCAGCCUGUUAUUGUUGAGGAACACCGGUACGAUAAAGAUGGACGGGAACUUGCGGCGCUGCCCGAUGCGCAGAGUGAUGGGAUGAGGAGGAUUGAGGACGUGGGCGAUGAAGAGUUCGAAUGAGGUCGAUAUCAGAAAGAUUCGAGGGAUGAAUAGGUUCAACUAGUGGAUAAUGAAUC